AAAUUAAACGAAAAGGAAACGUUCACAAAUUCAGUCUUCAAUAAUUUACACACAAAAGGUGAACUGACUACUAACAAUAAUACAGUUUAAAAAUGAACGAGGCAAAAAAAAACAACGUCAGUUGAAAUUCUUCAUGCUUUUUCCAUAUUUUGCAUUAUCAGCAAAACGUAUGAUGCACAAAAAUGCACAAAUAAACAAGAAGCAACAUGAGACCAUGCAAUUUUUUUUAUUUUGCAGACUUUCUUGAAUUCACUUUUGAAGUUCGUAACAUUGUCAGUUUAUUUUCGAUCGUUCUUGUGAUUGGAGGUAUCAAUAAAUUGCCCUUAAUUUUUGUUGUGUUUUUUUCGGUCGGGGAAAUAUAUAAUUGUGCACUUGUGAGAAGAGAUGUCUAUGCGGAUGUCUGAAAUCUGUUUAACUGAAAAUAAUAAUAAUGAGGAACGGUAUAAAGUAGCACCGGCAUCAAUAAAUGUCGAGAAAGGAGCUUUGGCUGAUUAUGAUCCAUUUAGAGAGCGGAAAGUGGAUCAUCCAACGUCAGAUAUGGACACAUUGACACAUUUGCUCAAAGCAUCCCUUGGAACAGGAAUUUUGGCGAUGCCGAUGGCAUUCAGUUACUCCGGUCUCGUCACUGGUAUCUUUGCAACAAUCGCAACCGCUUUAGUCUGUACUCAUUGUGCGUAUGUUCUCGUCAAAUGCGCUCAUACAUUAUAUUAUCGGUCUCGAAGAACGACUAUGAGUUUCUCGGAAGUAGCCGAAGUUGCCUUUCAGAACGGACCGGCAUGGGCAAAACCAUGGGCACAAUUCAUGAAGCAUUUCAUCAACUAUGGACUUUUUAUCACUUACUUUGGUACCUGCUCAGUAUACACUGUCAUUAUUGCAGAAAACUUCCAACAACUUAUAGAGCAUUAUUUCGGCUGGAAAGGUGAUCCGAGAAUCUUCAUCUCAAUGCUGCUAAUUCCAUUGAUUUUACUCUCAUGGGUGCCAAACUUGAAAUAUCUUGCUCCAUUCUCAAGUGUUGCAAACGUUUUUAUGGGUGUUGGAUUGUUGAUUACAUUCUACUACUGCACAACAGAUAUGCCUCCAAUUAGUGAACGUAAACUGCACACAUCAUUGAUUCAGAUUGCGCCAUUUUUCGGAAUCGUUAUAUUCGCUAUGGAAGCAAUCGGUGUCGUUAUGCCACUUGAAAAUUCAAUGAGAACGCCGCAACACUUUAUCGGAAUCUGUGGUGUACUUAACAAAGGUAUGGGUGGGGUUACAAUGGUAUACAUUUUACUGGGAUUUGUUGGAUAUGUGAAGUAUGGCAAUGAUGCUGCUGGAUCUAUCACUUUAAAUCUUCCAAUUGAAGAAAUUCCAGCUCAAAUUGUCAAAAUCUUAAUUGCUUUGGCUGUUUAUUGUACAUUUGGACUUCAAUUUUACGUAUGCCUUGAAAUCGGUUGGGACUUUAUCAAAGAUAAAUUUACAAAACGUCCAUUGAUGGUUAACUACAUGAUGAGAACAGUUUUGGUUACUGCUGCUGUACUUUUGGCUGUUGCUGUGCCUACAAUUGGACCAUUUGUUGGUCUUCUCGGUGCCUUCUGCUUCUCAAUUUUGGGAUUACUUGUACCUGUCUUUAUAGAAAUGGUUACAUACUGGGAGCAAGGAUUUGGAAAAUUCAAUUGGAUCAUCUGGAAGAAUGUUAUUGUCUGUAUUUUUGGAGUGUUGGCAUUGAUUUUUGGUUCAAAGGAUGCAAUUGCUGAUAUCGUCAAGCUUUACUCAAAUAAUGGAUUCGAAAAUGGAUUAUAUGAAACAACAGCGGGAGCUAUUGACGGAUUUUUGGAAACAACAGCCGGACCAUUAGCGUAGAACUGAAUUUUUUUUAAACCACGACCAUCCUCAACAUUCAAACUAAUGUUAUCAUUUUAAAAAUUGCAAGAAGAAUAUACGAUUUCACGUUUCAAUCUAAAAAGGAAUAGGAUAGGAUAGAUUGUAAUGAUAUUAAUAGUGUUUGUAGUACUUAAUUUGAGAAGUUUUGUAAGAUUUAAAUAAAUUUUUUUUGGGGUCGUUUACUUGCUAUAUGUGCUGUGUUGUGGCACAACUUAGCUAAUUUUUGAUCGUCAACAUUAGAAGUAAACUUUCAUUCAGUUUAUUGAACCCAAAAAUUACUUUUCAAAUGAAGUUACUCGAAUAUUUACAAGAAUGCAGCAUUUUAUGAAAAAUGUACUGCACAGCAGGUGUGAUAAUGCAGCCUGUGAUUUCAGUAGCCGAAAUUAUUCAAAAUAAGAUUCAACUAGGUAAUCGAGUUGAAGACUGAAAAAAAAUUUUAAAAUGAAUUUUUUAAUCAAAAUUUAAGCUAAAUUAUGAAUAGUUUGAAAGGAUUUUUGUGCUGCUUAAUAUUAUUAUAAAUAUAAAUGAUCUACAUGUGAAUUCUGAAAAAAAUGCAAUUGUAAUUUUUUAAACAAACAGCUUUUUAAGCAUUAUAAUUAUUUAAUAAAACAAAUCAUUGAAAGUUUUUUUUAUAGUAA